UCUCGAAGUUCUUAUAAGCUUCCACCCUACUAUAAACACCACCGGAACACACUUUCGGUUCUCAAUACUACCAUAUCAAUGGCAAUGCUUGGUUAUGGAGAACUCCUCGUGGCAUUUCUUCUUUUCGUCUUAAUCCACUACUGGAGGCUCAACAGACACGCUCCCACGAACUGGCCCGUGCUUGGCAUGCUACCUGGACUCUUGCUGAAUGUGUCCACCGUCUUUGAUUAUAUAACUACGAUUUUGAAACACAAUGGAGGCAAUUUCAUGUUUCAAGGCCCUUGGCUAUCAAACAUGAACAUGUUCCUCACCAGCGACCCUAUGAAUGUGCAACACGUUACAAGCACAAAGUUCGGAAACUACAGCAAGGGAGAUGAGUUUAGAGAGAUUUUUGAAGCUCUGGGAGAUGGGAUUUUCAGGUCUGAAUUCCAAAUGUGGAAGUAUAAUAGAAGUAUUACCCACUCAAUUUUUAAAAAGGUUGGUUUUCAAUCGUUUAUUCACAAAACAAUUAAGAACAAGACUGAGAGUUGUUUGCUUCCCUUUCUUGAUCAUGCAUGGAUACAAGGAACGGAAGUGGACCUACAAGAAGCCUUUCAAAGGUUAAGCUUUGACGUCAUCUGUUCCACCGUUUUAGGAUUUGAUCCUACUAGCCUAUCCAUUGAUCUCCCAGAAGUUGCAUGUGAGAAAGCCUUCACUGAACUAUUGGAGGGCUUUUUCUACAGGCAUGUCGUGCCAAAAUGCUUAUGGAAGCUGCAAAAAUGGCUUCAACUUGGAAAAGAAAAGAAGAUGAAAGAAAGCCAGGAAAUUCUUGAUCAAAUGUUGUAUACAGAAGGCAUAUCUAGGUGCAAAAUGCAAGGCCAAAGCAGCGGCAAUAGCACACCAGAAGAGGAGCCACCAUUUAGCUUGCUAGAUAUUCUUAUAAGUGAAGAAGGAAAGGAAAAAAUCGACGACAAGUUUCUGAGAGACACAGCACUAAAUCUGCUUGCAGCUGGGAGAGAUACCAUUAGUGCAGGUCUGACUUGGUUUUUCUGGUUGGUGGCAACACACCCAUCUGUGGAAUCUAAUAUUCUGGAAGAGAUCCGAGAAAAAUUACCAGCAAGAGAAGGUAAUGGGAAGGAUUUUGGUGUGGAAUGGCUUAGCAAGUUAACUUACCUCCAUGCCGCAAUAAGUGAGUCAUUAAGGCUCUAUCCUCCAGUACCAUUAGAGCACACGUGUGCCUUAAAAUCUGAUAUGCUUCCUACUGGUCACUGGAUUAAUGCAAAUACCAUCGUCAUGUAUUCUUUAUACAGCAUGGGAAGGAGAGAGGAAAUAUGGGGUGAAGAUUGCUUGAAAUUUAGACCUGAGAGGUGGAUCUCCAAGAGUGGAGGGAUUAUUCACAUGCCCUCUCACAAGUUCAUUGCAUUCAAUGCAGGACCAAGAAGUUGUUUGGGUAAAGAAAUCAGCUUCAUCGAGAUGAAGAUGAUAGCUGCCAAUAUACUGUGGAAUUAUCGCAUUCAUUUGGUGGAAGGCCAAGCCAUAUCCCCAAGAGUCUCAGUUGUCCUUCACAUGAAACAUGGCUUGAAGGUGACAGUGACAAAAAGAAGCAUCUGAGAUCAAGCAAUCUCAGUUUAUAAUAAGUGAUUGUGUUCACAUGUAAGGUUUGUAGCAAUGUUGAAUUUUAAUAAUUUGGAUUGUAUUCACACCACAACAGCCCACUGCCAUUCGCUUCAUAAUGUUGACUCAUGCUCUCCUGUCCAAACAAAAACACUCCACCUUAUUCCUUCCCUACUGUUAUUUGUAUUGUUCUAAAUA